AUGCAAGCUGAGGACCCCACACAAUCAAUCAAGAGGCGGGAUCGGGCCCAGGAGUCCACCGACACCAAAAGUGUUCACCCUUUCACUGCUCUCUGGUCCCUGAAUAUCAUCUCCUGGGAGAGAUGGAUAGUUGUAUGCAAACCAUUUGGAAACGUUAAAAUUGAUGCCAAGUGGGCUACAGGUGGAAUUGUGUUCUCCUGGAUCUGGGCAGGCAUAUGGUGUGCUCCCCCAAUCUUUGGAUGGAGCAGGUAUCAUAUUCUCAUCAAGAGAGAAGUGUCUAGGAUGGUGGUUGUCAUGAUCCUGGCAUACAUUUUUUGCUGUGGACCUUACUACGCCUUUUUUGCCUGCUUUGCCGUGACAAAUCCUGGAUAUGCUUUCCAUCCUCUUCCUGCAGCAAUGCCUGCAUACUUUGCCAAGAGUGCAACGAUAUACAACCCGAUCAUCUAUGUUUUCAUGAAUCGACAAGUAAUGAUCAACCUGUUCUGCAUUCAAAGUGCAUCUUGCAAACAAGUAGAUGAUGGCUCAGAAGUAUCCAAGUCAAACAAGACCCAGCUGGCCACCAAUCCGUAA